CAUGGUAUACUGCUUCGCGUAUGGAUGUAAUCAUCGUAGUGAUAAAAGUACCACGAAUUGCCAUUUAUAUCGUUUUCCAACGGACGAAAAAUUAAGAAAAAAGUGGAUAUCUCUUUGCAGACGUGCUGACAGAGAAUGGAAUGCAGGUGAUAGGAUCUGCAGCUGCCAUUUUCAAAAUGGAUGCAAGGAAAAUGGCCCAUCAAUGUUUGUAUACUCCAAAUAUCAGUUUCCAGAAGUGCCCACAAAUCGCAAAAGGAAAACAAUGGAACAAACUGAGGCCACAAUGUCAACAACCAGUGAACAAGUGCCAUGUUCAUCUGCUACAUCUGUAAAUCUUGUAUCAACUGGAGAACAAGACCACAAUUACUUCCAUCCAUGUCCAUCUUUCCUUUGCGCUUCAAAGAUAAACGAUUACCAUUCAAAGAUAAAAGAACUUGAAGAAGAUAUUGGGAAGUUAGAGCUAGAGAUAGAGAGCCUACUUCGAUGCAGACCUUCAAUGUCUAUUGAUGCCAUAAAAAAUGACCAAGAAAAGAUGCUUUUGUACACAUCAUUUCCAUGUGACAUCUUUGACAUCAUAGUGAAGACACUACAAAGAUUUCAGCCCCUGAACUACUAUGCAGGAUGGAGUGUUGUAAAUGUGAGCCUAGAAAAUCAAGUUCUCAUAACUCUGAUGAAGCUUCGACUCAACUUAAGGGAUCUCGACUUGGCCGACAGGUUUUGUACAAGUCGGGCUACCAUUUCAAACAUACUUAACACUAUUAUAAGUGCCUUGCAUGGAAUCUUUUAUAAAGGUGUUAUGGUAAGACUAGGCAUGCCCAGUCAACUGAAAUGUAAGGGGUCACAACCUAAAUCUUUUGAAGAUUUCGGGUCUGUAAGAGCAUCUAUUGAUUGCACUGAAAUAACACAAGAUGUGCCAUCUGACUUUAGUAGACAAAGUGCCUCAUAUAGCAAUUACAAGAGUCGGCAUACUAUGAAAACUUUAACUGCUGUUGCUCCAAAUGGUUCUUGUGUUUUUGUGUCACCUCUAUAUCCUGGGUCAGUGUCAGAUGCCAACAUUGUUGAACAUUCUCGGUUUUUAGAUAAUCUUAGUCCAGGAGAUUUAAUUCUGGCUGACAAAGGAUUUAACAUACAUGACAAGAUGCCUUCUGGGGUUCAGCUCAACAUCCCUCCAUUUCUUGUUAACAAGACUCAUUUUACAAGCAAAGAAGCUGAUUUAUGUUAUAAAAUUGCACGAAACAGAAUUCAUGUUGAAAGGGUUAAUGAGGGGUUAAAAAAUUAUCAGAUUUUAAGCCACAUUCCAGCAAACUACAGAUCUUUGUCUACAAAAAUUAUGCAACUUUGUGCAUGCUUUGUUAAUCUUCAAGCACCAUUACUUAAAGAGAUUGCUUAAACAAUCUUGUCUUCUUCUGUAGAACCAUUGGGUCAAUAUCAACCAAACUAGGCACAAAUCAUCCUUGGGUGAAGGGCUUUUAAUUUUCAUGACGUAAAGUUUGCUAUGUAACGUUAUCAUUUUGAAAAAGAUAAAGUAAUUUGGUCUGCAAACUUUUGAAAAUUAUUCCAUUCAUAGCAUCGUUUACGAUUUUAUUUUUACGUAGGCUGAUGAGAGGUGAAGAUAACAAAUAGUGAUCAAUCUCAUAACUCCUACAAGCAAUAUACUUAAUUUUUAUUUGAGCAGGUCAGAAGUUGUCUGCUGCUCAAUAUAUAGUUGUAGGUAGCAUUUCAUAUAUGGAGCAGGUCAGAAUUUGUCUGCUGCUCAUUAGCAUUGGUAUUUAGAUGUAGAUAGCAUUUCGUAUGCGUAGCAGGUCGGAAGUUGUCUGCUGCUCAUUUUUGUUGCAUGUUCUGUCAUUUUAAAAAAAAUGUUCCCUUCUUCAGGAAGGUCAGAGGUUGGCUGUUGCUUUGUGGGUUUUUUUCAUUUGCAUUUUGACUGGUUUUGCCCCCCCCCCCUCCCUGGGCUCAAUUUAUCUUGUGUAAGCUAUAUCUUAUUAUGGAUCCUAGUAUAUAUUAUUUUCUAGUUUAUCUUACUAUAAAUAAUUACAACAUCUGUAUCUUAUAUUCAAUUAGCCAUAUUUAUCAUUUGAUCGUGAUACUUUUAUUUUUCAUCUGGCAUUCAUUGGGUGGCGCAGCAACUUACAUGCACCUUGUUGCAUGUCUCAUUGCUUGGUGGCAAGCUUUUUUGUGCACCACCUUUUUGACAUCAUUAGUGUUUUAGUUGUAUAUUGGCUUGGAUCAAUCUGUGUAAUGUAUAUUUUUAUUUGCACAGUUGCAAAUUUAGUCCCAUUUUUUAUAUUAAGUGGUCCCAGCCAAUUAAUUUUGUAAAAUAUUUCAACUAUGACGUAUUUUUUCUGUUUGUCAUUUGUUUCAAUAAAUGACAUAAUCACUUAAUAUUGUUGUUUCAUCAUAAUAAUAGUCAGCUGUGACAAAGAAUGAACUUCCGAAUGCCAGAGGUCCUUCCAAUAUUAUACAUCUCUUAUCUUCAAAAUUGUUGAAUAUAAAUAAAAUUCUUAUGAAGUCCACUACCUAUACACAUGAGCUUGUAUAUUCAUUCAAAAUGUUUGUUUUUUCAUGUGUUUAUUUACAAGAAUAUGUAAUGUCAACAUAAAUAUUGUAAACAUAGUCAAAAGUGUUUUGAUUUUGUGUUUUUAAUAUAUAUUUUUAAAAUUUGUAUGUUUUGUAAACUGGGUUUAUACUUUUCAGUUCACAAGCACUAUUCUGAUCACGUUUAGUCUAGCAUCUCUCUAUUAACUUUUUACA